AUGACUGGGAACCCUGACCAAGGAAUCUGCAUACACAAUGAAGACAUGUCCUUUAAGACUCCGGUAUCUGGGGCACAGCUCAGGAUAUAUACCACAAGAUUUGGACCUGAGAAGGCAUUUAACUAUUUCCACGAUAACUUCAGCAAAUGGUGCACAAGAGAAUCCAUCGUAAGCAUCGAACUGACCAGUACCCACAGUUUCAAUGACCUGGAUGCGGACUACACCUUCAGAUUUAGCUUCUCCAACGUCUCCAAGGACAGCAUCGACAGAAACUAUGGCAUGCAUUCCUUCAGGCAAUGCAACCGGUCAGAAGUCUUGAAGCCAGGGGAAACAAUUCAUGUAUACUCACAGCAAUAUCCCACCCAGACUGAGCUCCCUUCAGCUUGCAUGCUGACCUUCAGCACGGACACCGACGAAGAUCACGUGGAAGUCUGUCUUCAAGUCAAGAAAGUGGACAAGAACGAGAACUGCAAGUCCAGUCUGGUGGUCAGCGGCUUCAACACUCGAUUCUGGCCACAAUCUGAGGUUCUAGGCUGUGACGACACAAACUCCAUGCUCAGAGAGAAGAAGGAGAUGUGCUCGGGCAGUAAGACCUUGACUCUGAGCCUCACAAGAACCAGCAUCACGGACACCGGCCUCGACUUCAUCGCGGUGAUUAAAGUCAAGAAACAUCCUUGUAUCUGUUCUCACCAGCAUGUUCAAGCGGCCUCGGUACUUCUGGAAGUCGUGGGCUGA